AUGCCAGGCGUCCUUCAGGUGGAGGCCCUCGCACAGUUAGCUGGCAUCGUCGCGCUGCAGCCGCCGCUGUCGAACGGCAGCGGACUGUUCUUCUUCGCAGGAGCAAACGGAAUCAAGUGGAAGAAACCUGUCGUACCAGGAGACAGCUUAGUGAUGGAGGUGCAGCUGCUGAGUUGGAAGGAGAAAUUUGGUCUGUGUAAAUUCAGCGGCCGAGGAUUCGUCGAUGGGCAGCCGGCAGUUGAAGUUGCGGAGAUGACUUUCGCAUUCAAUAAAUAA